UUUCCUUGCUAGGCGAAGGCUAUUUUCGGAGCGUCUGGGUAGUUUUCUGUGAAAAUUAGGGAAGUGAUCAAUUUUGUUACAAAUUACUUUUCUAGAUUCCCACAUCUGUUUUGAGAAUACACACAGACCACGCUGGAGUUGGCCAGUUUUGAUGAGGACGGCUAAUGAGUAGCAUCCGGUCAGGCGACAGAGAUCGUAUUACUGUGAAGAUACGUAACAUGAAACGUAGUGUCUCGCGUGAUUCUCCACCAAGAUCAAAGAGGCGCGGAAGCAUUGGACGUUACGAAGGUAGCUCAGACGAACGUAUUACCCCAGAUAGAAUGCGACGACGUGUAGCAAGAUCACCAAGCCCCCGUGUAGCAAGCGCUCGCUAUGCAUCUCCUCAUCGGGAGGAGUAUUCUCGUAGUGCACGUGAAAGUGCAAGUGAACGUUAUUCUUAUAAGGUACUAUGUGUAAGUGCGCUCCAUCCGAAAGCAUCGGACGAGGUUAUAAAAGAAACAUUAUAUCGCGAGUACAAGAAAUUUGGAGACUUUAGCAUUCGCAUUUCGCAUGAUUUAGACGAACGUGUAGCGUAUGUUUGCUUCCGUACGUCGGAAGAUGCCCGGGACGCGAAACAUGCCAAAUCUCGGAUCGUCUUGUACGAUAAAGUAGCUCUGGUUGAACCAGUAUAUGAAUCGGCGAAGGCCGAAUCAUAUCGCAGACCACGUUCUUCUUCGCCGCAGGAAUAUGAGCGUCAUUAUUACGCGCGUUCCCCUGGAGUACCCCCUCCUGAGCGAAGACGUCCAGAACAUCACCCGUACGAAGGAUAUGGUCCUCCACCAGGUCGUAUGCAUCAUCCAGAUUUCCGUCCUCCGAUGCAUCAUGAAUAUAUGCCACGAGGACCUCCAAUGCAUCACCAUGGACCUCCUCAUAUGCAUCCAGGGCCACCGCAUCACCAUUACAUGCCUCGUCCAUAUAUGCCAAGACCACGAGUACCUUUUGAAAAACCAGACCAUAAGAAAGACAAGUUUCCGAACUAUCUGCACCAUAUUCAGCCGGAAGAUGAUCCUUUAGCUACCAGAACUCUAUUUGCUGGGAAUUUGGAAAUAAAUAUAUCCGAUGAUGAGCUGCGCCGUAUCUUUGGAAAAUAUGGUAUUGUGGAAGACAUUGACAUUAAGCGGCCUCCGCCAGGAACGGGAAAUGCCUUUGCUUUUGUGCGUUAUCAAACCUUGGACAUGGCUCAUCGCGCGAAAGUUGAGCUAUCCGGUCAGUAUAUUGGAAAAUUUCAGUGUAAGAUUGGGUACGGCAAAGCUACUCCGACUACUAGAAUUUGGGUCGGAGGGCUUGGUGCGUGGACUUCGGUUACACAGUUAGAACGAGAGUUUGAUCGGUUUGGGGCUAUCAAAAAAAUUGAAUACAGUAAGGGCGACACUCAGGCUUUUCUUUUAUAUGAUUCGAUCGAUGCUGCCACCGCAGCUGUAAAAGAAAUGCGAGGAUUUCCACUCGGAGCGCCUGACCGUCGAAUUCGUAUUGAUUUUGCUGAUAAUGGUACCACACCUCCUUUUCCAAAACGUGGGGGAUUUGAAGAAGGUGGUGAAUAUCGACGUGGUCCAGAAUUUGACUUCGUUGAAGGAGCCCCAUCUUACGACGACACACCUAGUUAUGGAGGAUAUGGUGGACGACCAUUCCGUGGUCGUGGCGGAUUCCGAGGUCGCGGCGGCUUCCGUGGCGGGUUUCAUCAUAGAGAUGGUCCUCCUCAUCAUCAUCACCACGGUGAAGGGGAUGAAUGGCGUCGUCCUGCAGGCGAUGUAGAUUAUGAGGCACGUCGGCGUUCAGGAUCUCGGGAACCUGGUAUUGAUAGAUCUCGUUCACGUUCACCUCGUCGUCGCAGUCCUGUAGAUUCAGAUUCAGACUCUUCUUCUCGCAGAACUGGAAUGUUGUCCAACGCAAGAACUCUCCCGGAAGUCGCACGAAAAUCGACUACUGUUUGGCAAGGAGCUCUUAUUUUGAAAAGCUCUCUGUUCCCUGCAAAAUUCCAUCUCACAGACGGAGACAAUGAAAUUGUUGAAAGUUUAAUGAAAGACGAAGAAGGCAAACACCACCUUCGAAUCACUCAGCGUCUCCGUCUCGAUCAACCCAAGCUGGAGGAUGUACAAAAAAGGAUCUCGACAUCAUCUUCGCACGCAAUAUUCCUGGGUCUGCCGGGGUCCACUUCUUCUGUAGCAUCGUCCGAUGAUACUAGCGUCCAGACUCGUCCCUUGCGCAAUUUGGUUUCCUAUUUGAAGCAAAAGGAGGCAGCAGGAGUAAUAUCCCUAUUGAACAAGGAAACGGAAGCCACCGGUGUGUUGUACUCCUUCCCUCCGUGUGAUUUCUCAACAGAGCUGUUGAAACGCACUUGUCACAAUUUGACGGAGGAGGGACUUAAGGAAGAUCAUCUAGUCAUCGUGGUGGUUCGAGGUGGAACCGCCUGAGUGACCAUGGAGGACAACACUAGUGGAUAAGGUAUAUAUUUACUUUGUUUUAGAUCAAGCUAUUCAUAACAGACACGCAACUGAACACCAGUUCCAAACAUUCAUAGUUAAAAACCCAUUGGAUACAAAUGACCUGCAAUCAUGAUUGCUUCCCUUCCAUCAGUGCUCAAUAGAAUCUCGCAGAAGAAAUAAAAAGAUCAAACAAACAGAACAUGUCGAGCUUCCGGUUGCUCCAUUUGCGCCGCUGAUUCGAUGGAAAGCAUAAAAACGCGAAAUUGAAUCCGGAACGUCCGAGUGGUGAUGAUAAUGAUGAUGAUGAUAAUAUUGAAGUGCGGCAGAGAAUUUUGUGUAUUGAAGUGCCAGUCAGCGCGGUGAAGUGGAGUGGCAAGUGCUUGUGGAUGUUCGGAUGAAAAAAAAAAUAAGAAAGAAACAGCAACAGAUACAGAUAGACGUGAUGUGCGCACAGACAGACACCGAACCGGAGCGCACCGACAAUUGUCUGCAGCGAGUGAUUAGUGGAAGUGUAACAGCUAGCGGUAUAUUGUAAUUUUCAUUAGUAAGAAAUAUGCUAAACUGAUUUGUAAUUCAUCACCACUAGGGUGAGAGAGUCAUCUUCCCUUUCCCACUGAGUUUGCUGAAUGUAUAAUUAUUACAUUAAAUUCUUUGUCGUAGGCUUUUCUCUGCGAUUUUAUGCAUUCAAUAAUGUUUUAGGACCAGAGGGGAAGGUGUUCUUUCUCAAGUUCCCAUUUCCAACAAUAACGAUGAAAGUGAUUGUAAAAAUUGACGUAUGCAUUUAAAAUGUUCGAAAGUGGCAGCAUAGAUUAAAAUGAAGAUGACAAUGAUUUUAAACGAAAAACAUGUGAGACUUUUGCUACUUCUUGUUGUAACACUGGUGUUUAGCAGUAGUUCAUCUUAAGCACUUGAUAACUAAAUAAUCGAAUAAUACAUGCUUACACUAAAAGUAUAUAGAAUUGUAUCAAGUAACAUAAUUAACAGUUUUGUGAAAUAAUUGAAAAAAAUACACAAAAGUUAGGAAAUUUGUGCUGAGUGUUCAUCCACUGAAAAUGGAUCAAUAUGAUGUUAUACAAUACUGAAGUUCAUUGUUUAGUAGGAGUGAUACGGAUAUGUAUAAAUCCGGAGUUCUAGCCAAUGUUCAGUUUUGGUCUUCAAUUGUGACAAGUUUCCCACCUAAUACAAUUAUGACCGCAAUGGCAUUGAUUUACAAGUUAAGUGUAUGUUUUUAUCAGAAAAAAAACGUGGGAGAUUGGUGAGAAAGUGACCAUCCUAAUGGCGAUUUCAUGGAAAAUUUCGCAUAAUCAGAAAGUUUGCUACAUUUGUGCGGUGCAAACUAUUUCGAUGCACAAUCGAAUCCAGUAUGGUAUCGAGUGCUUUUAAAUUUCUCUUUCCUAAAUUGGUGGUGCCAGUUGUGUGCUGAGUUUAGUAGUCUUGUGUUUUGUGCUUUUGUUGUGUUUCUUCCUCAAGUUGAAUGAAUAUUGAAAGUUUUUUUUGUGUUUCGUAUCUAUUUGGCCCCUCAUUUAUCGGUGUACUAGAAAAACAGUGCAUUUUGCUGGUAUAAGGGCUUAGAAUCUGUAUAGUGACUGUUUGUAGUUGCAGUUAAAGAUUAACCAUGUUUGAAGUGUGGUUUGUGCGGGUAUGACUUCUUGACAUUUUCAAAUAUUCAGUGCUUUUUGUUGUGAUAUCAAAUGUGAACUUCAUUAUAUGGAUUUCGCCCUCUCGAGGAAUGUGUCUAAAGUGGGAUCGAGGUCGCCUCCAGUUCGGAAUCCGUGCUUUCUAGUAUGCUAGCACAGUCCGGCUGAUGGGAUGUACAUAGCGCUGAGAAUAGAAUGUAGCAUUUGUUGUUAAAAUUCUGAUUUUGAAAUUGGUUUUACAAAUGUUACCUUGUAUUAGAAGGCGCAUUUUCACAAACAGCAGUGGGAUGCUACAAUUUUUUUCACCUGUUAUCGAUGAAGUGAAAGAAACACAUGAAAAAGUUAUCAGUUUAUUUUGUUCAGUUUAGUUUGGUUCAAUUUCUGGCGUACGAAAUGAAGAUCAGUAAUUGUGACAGUGGCAUUGAGUGGUCUCGAUAAUAAGAACUCAGAUAUCAAGUAUCGGUAAUGCAAUGUUCGGAUGAUAUAUGACAAAGUACUAUUAACUUUUUUUCCCUGAAAUAAUAGUUAUUCUAUAAAGAGAUUCAAAUGUAUUGAAUAAAUUAUCAAAUAAAAUGCGUGCAUCAAAAAAUUGUGCGUUUCGACAUGUUUGAACUUAGUGUAAAUUUGUGGUGAUCACCGAAAGUCUUGGUGAUGACAAUUUUGUCUUGCAAAGAGCCAGUGCAGGAUGUUUUUCAAGUUCUGAUAGGAAUGCAAAACAAUUGUGUUAUUGGAAAUAAUAAUGCAAAGCAAUGGUGUUAUUGAAAA